GUCUGAUCGAUAAUGUCUCCACUUAGGAACUGCCUUUGUAUCCUGUUUCUAACUAUCCAAUAUCCGGAUUUCGUCCUGCCAGCUCCUGCUGGAAAUAUUCCUCUUGAUGCAUCCGCUGGCCUUGUGACUUUCAGGAUGACUAUUGACAAAGAAUUCGAUCAAUUGCUGCCCGAACUUCAACUUAGAUUGUUGCAGGCACAACAGCAGGAAGAUGAUUUUGAAGUGGUGCGCAUGCAAUUGCUGCAGAUGAACUUACUGAAGUUGUUAGUCGCCUUGGAUUGCCUUAUCUUGUUGUGCAUUUGGUACUACGCCAGAGAAGCAAAAUAUAACCCGGUGCAAAACGUUUGACAACUUUUUUUUGCCUGCCUUCAUUUCAUAAUUAAUAUAGUUCGUAAAAUGUAAUUAAUUGAGGGAAAAAAACAUGAAAUUCCUAGUAAAUAAUACCAUUCUGUUAAUUAAUUUUCAAAAUGUUAUAGGUCUGAAAAGGUAGAUCAGCUAUUAAAUUGUAGUGACUACAUCAAUGAAGCCCUAAUGGUGUGUUUUAAAUAAACUGUUAUUGAAUA